GGGAAGAGGGAGGGAGGGAGCGAGGGACGGGUCCGGCCGGCCCCUGGGGCGGGGCGGCGUUUGCAAGACAACAGCCCGAGCCCGACACAAGGAACCGCUCGCUGCUGCUGGAGGGAGCCGCGCGGAGUCGCCAGCGCCAAGCAGCUUAUCCAUAAAUGCACUUACCCAGGAAUGCCCCAUGAGAACCAAACGGCGCUGCAAAGGGGGCGGGUGAAUCUCUCCUUACAGUCGUCAAGACAUCUCGUUUGGGAGCAAUUCUGUGGAUUUUAGUGGAGCGACUGUGCGGCUACUCUGGAGAUGUCCAUGAGGAGCCCUGCCUCUCCUCAGCUGGAGCUCGAUGGAGCCGGGAACAUGGUGAACUGCAGCAUUAAGAUAGAAGAGAAGACUGAGAGCUGCUACCAGUCUACACAGGGGGAGGUGACUGGUGCUCCUCCUGGCUCUGAGAAACCACACAAUUCACCAUCGCCACUGAGUGAAGUUACUGAGCCCCAAACACUUCCACAGGAAUCUGCAUCUCCAGUGGACAAGGCUUUAGACUCCAGGAACUCUGCAUUCGAGGCGGCAGUGAGCAACCGGGAAAAAUUGGAUUUCAACAGAAACUUAAAAGAAGUGAUGCCGACCAUCGAGAAGUUACUGUCCAGUGACUGGAAAGAGAGACUUCUGGGGAAAAAUCCAAUGGAAUCCAAAGAUGUGAAAGGAACCCAAGAAAGCCUGGCAGAGAAGGAGUUGCAGCUGCUGGUCAUGAUUAACCAGCUGUCCAUCCUGCGGGACCAGCUGCUGACUGCCCACUCAGAGCAGAAGAACAUGGCAGCUAUGCUGUUUGAGAAGCAGCAGCAACAGAUGGAACUGGCCAGGCAGCAGCAGGAACAGAUUGCCAAGCAACAGCAACAGCUGAUCCAGCAGCAACACAAGAUCAACCUGCUACAGCAGCAAAUCCAGCAGGUCAACAUGCCCUAUGUAAUGAUUCCAGCCUUUCCUCCCAGCCACCAGCCUCUUCCGGUCUCCCCAGAUCCUCAAAUGGCACUUCCCAUCCAGCCAAUCCCUUGCAAACCAGUGGAGUACCCCAUGCAGCUGCUGCACAGCCCCCCUCUGUCCGCACUGAAGAGACCUGCAAGCUCAGGCCACCUACAGAUCCAGGAAUCUUCGCAGCCACUGAACUUAACAGCAAAGCCCAAAGGCUCCGAGCUCCCCAAUUCCUCCAGCUCACCCAGCUUAAAGAUCAGCAGCUGCCAGUCCCUCACUCCUAACCAUGGGGUCUCUCAGGAGCUGCAGACCAGCCCUCCCAGCCUCCCUUUGGGGUUCCUGGGGGAGGGAGAUGCUAUCACCAAAGCAAUCCAGGAUGCCCGACAGCUUCUGCACAGCCAAAGCAGAGCGUUGGAUGGAUCUCCAAAUCAUCCCUAUAGGAAGGACCACGUCAGCUUGGAUUCUUCACCUGCAAAAGAACAGGUGGAUGAGACUUCUUUGCAGAGACUGGAUGAGUCCAUGCUAACCUGUGAUGGGGAUGGCUCACGACAUUUCCCCGAAUCCAGGAACAACAACCACAUAAAGCGUCCCAUGAAUGCCUUUAUGGUGUGGGCCAAGGACGAAAGACGGAAGAUCUUGCAGGCCUUCCCAGACAUGCACAACUCAAGCAUCAGUAAGAUUUUAGGCUCACGAUGGAAAUCAAUGUCGAAUCAGGAGAAGCAGCCCUACUAUGAGGAGCAGGCUCGGCUCAGCCGCCAGCACCUGGAGAAGUAUCCCAAUUACAAGUACAAGCCCCGCCCCAAGCGCACCUGCAUCGUGGAAGGGAAGCGGCUCCGUGUUGGCGAAUACAAGGCAUUGAUGAGGAAUCGGCGCCAGGACGCCAGGCAGGGCUACCUGAUUGCACCUCAGGGCAGCCAGAUGCCUCCUUCCUCUUCGGAUCUCAUGUACCAGCGGUCAGUUGGGAUGCAGCUGGCUUCACCCCUGAUGGACCACUACCUGCCCCGUGGCAUGGAAGCAAACAUGCCGGUCAUCAUCAACACCCGUAGCCUGAAGCCAGAGGAAGGGGACGGGGCUGAGGACAAUCAUUCAGUGCCCGAUGGCGAGAUGUACCACUACAGCGAAGAAGAGGAUUCAGAGGGCGAGGAGAAGAGCGAUGGCGAGCUGGUGGUUCUCACAGACUAAGCCAGUGGUGCGCAGGGGGAGGGAGGUGUGUGGAAACAGGGGACUUCCCCAGCCUUUGUCCUCUUUCCAGCAUCAAAAUGAUUAGCUGACUUUGGAAGAAGGCGGGAGAGGGCCAAGGAAGCGAGAAAAUACCCUCAGGUUCUUCCGCUGUGUGGCUGCAGAUUCCUGGGAAGCAGCCAGACCUGUGGGUAGUUGUACCAAGCUGCUGAAAGGAGAGGGGCUGUAGCUCAGCGGCAUAGGGGGGCACACUCUGCGUGCAGGAGGCACUUCCAGUGAAAAGGUUCUUAUUCUGAAGAGCCGUUGCCAGUCAAAAUAGAUAAUACUGGGCUUGAUGGACCAAUGGUCUGACUCAGUGUUUUCCUAGAUGUUUUAUAUAAAAGACAGACAUGGAGCAGAAGAAAGAGAGGAUCUGGCCUGUGUGUCAUUGGUGUCCAUAGUGUUGGUAGGGAUUCUUGAUCAUUCAUCAUCUUCUCUCUUGAAAGGAAGGAAUUUUGGCUCAGGCUUGCUGAAUGUGCAUGAGGGUCAGGCUCAAAGAGAGGUGCCAUUCAAGGAGAGCCUUGGAAUGCAGAUGACAUUGCGACUGCUGAGGGACGUCGCUCCUGCCCUCUGGGUGGAGGCGCAUGGCUCUCUCCCCAAGCUGCUGAGAGUUUAUAUAGGAGGGAACAAAAUCCAUUAUGGACUGGCAAGGGAGUGCAUACAACUGGGAAUAUAACCUGAAGCCGAUCCAGGAAUGUAAGAUCUCCUGAAUCCAACUGAGCAAUAUAACACCGAUCUUUUUGCUCUUUGGAGCAAAUGCAAGACUGGGGAGUAGUUUACUCCUAGUCACAACUGCAUGUGUCUUCCAUGCAGCAUUCAGUUGUGCUGUGGCUUACCAGCAAAUCUCUCCUUGUGUCCAUUGCUUGCUUGAUCUCCUUUCCUUGAAAGCUGGUGUGUGCAGCUGGUUGGACAGAGGCCUCACCUGCUGGCCAUCUGCACCAGCUUUUAGUAGCCACACAGUCGCCACCAAUUCAUCUGACCUCUCUGGGGCCUUUCAGUUUUGCUCAAACUGGGUGGAACGCUUGUUCCCUGUAUGUUCCGGAUGCCUGCCAGUUCUGCAUCUCCCUCCCCACCCCAACUCCACUUUUGUCCUGUGUUUGUUUCUUUCUGCUCCCACCGGCCCUGCCAGUAAAUUCCCAUAGAGCCAUUUUUAGCUCUGGACUUGAAUGAAUAACAACGGACAUCUCGGAGGGGCCCUCUUCUACCCUUGGCAGCCCUGGCCCAGUUUUGUAAAAUAAGCCACUGCCCGUUUCCCUCCUGUGCUUGUGUGCUUGCCAGUUCUCAGUAUAUGCAGCAGCAGGAGACACCCAGCAGCAGCAGCAGGGUUGAAAA